CCUAACUACAACUCCCAUAAUGCUUAACGUGAAGGGUUUAGGAAGUCGGCUAUUAAAAGGACACUGAGGUUUCAGAGAAUGCUGCCAUGGAGACAGAGAGGGUGUUUCCCUCUCUUUCUGUACCAUUAGAAAUGAACAUGCUGCUGGAAGGUCAGAGUGUGGCUUCCAGAUUUCUUCAGGUAGAGCUAAACUUGAAUCUGCGAUUGAAGGAGCUCUGUUUCACAGAUCCUAUCCACUAUGUCUACAAUCCUGUGGAGUAUGCUUGGGAGACCCAUCGGUGUUAUGUGGAUAAAUACUGUCAGUCCACUAAGGAGGUGCUGUUCCUAGGAAUGAACCCAGGACCUUUUGGGAUGGCACAAACUGGGGUUCCAUUUGGUGAAGUUAGUCAUGUGAAGGAAUGGCUGCAGAUCACCGGAAAGGUAGAGAAACCAGAAAAAGAACACCCCAAGAGGCCAAUCAGAGGCUUAGAUUGCACUCAGAGUGAAGUCAGUGGUGCACGCUUUUGGGGGUAUUUCAAGAACACCUGCAAAGAACCAAAAGCCUUCUUCUGCAGCUGUUUUGUCCAUAACCAUUGCCCACUUAUUUUUAUGAGCGAAUCUGGUAAGAAUCUGACGCCAUCCGAUUUGCCAGCAGCACAGAGGGAACAACUGCUACAGAUCUGUGAUGAUGCUCUUUGCCAAGCAGUACAAGUCCUUGGAGUCAAGAUGGUAAUAGGUGUUGGGAAGUUUGCAGAACAGCGGGCAAGGAAGGCAUUUUCUGCAGCUGGAAUGGAGGUGCGAGUUGAAGGUGUCAUGCAUCCAUCACCCAGAAACCCAAUUGCUAACAAAGGGUGGGAGAAUAUUAUCCAUGCAAAGUUGCAAGAACUGGAAGUAUUACAUCUGCUGACAAGAACUGUGUUGUAGAAAAAUGGAAGUCUUGUAGAUUAAGUAAAAUAAUUCACUUAGCAUAGUUUCCUGUACAUGUAAAACUAAAAUACUUUUCAAAAGCAUACAGGGAUUUUAAGCUUUACUGGAGUUUGUACCAGUUUCCCUAUAUUUUAUUUUUAUAUGCCACGUGGGAGGUAUAACGUGGGUCAGCAUUUUUUUUUCUUGUUUUAAUCCAGGGCCUGAUAAGUAUCCCAUGUUGGAACAAUCUGUUUCGCAGACCUUUGCAGAUAUGCUCAAGAGAACCUGUUACUUUAUAGAGUAAGGUUGAAUGAACACUACUUUUCUAUGCACCCUUUUCACAGGUGUUGCAGACUUCUCUAGAGCAAACACUGUGAGCAUGAGCUUCCACUUCAGCGCUCAUUUUAACAGGUUAAUACUCAAGUGUGCUGGCCAAGAUUUUGGCACCAGCAUUCCCUGUGGAACAGCAAGCCUGUUUGCAAUUGUUAUAAAAGCUGAAUAGUUUCAGAUAACCCCACUCUAAGUGCUGUAUGGUUAGACUGCUAUCUGUUUAAGUGCUGUCAGCUCUUUUGAUGGAUUACAGUGUGUACAGCAGCCAAAAGCAAUCAGCAACAUCUUUGUAACUUAAUUCACUCCCUUUGUGAGCUGGCCCAUCUCGGAGAGGAUUCACUUAACCCCUUUUACACUGAACCUGCUCCUUUACAGCCUUGGUUUUCUUUGAAAGAAAACAAGAAAUUAGUGACCUACUGUAGGGAGCUAUUUAAUAUUAUAUUUGUUUUGAGAUCAUUUGGACAGGAAUAAUGACUUUAUGAAGUUUAACAGAACUUUCCCCCAGAGUGAUUAGAUUAGUGCAAGUUUUUAAUGUGGAUCAUUUGGAGUUGCUGAGUCAGAAUCAUCCCCUUUCUGAAGAACAUUCCUGCAUUUCAUUCAUCACUAG